AGCCCGGCCUCCGAGCUCUGUCAUGGCGGUAUCUAGUUUUCAGGCCGGUGUAAAGGAACGGGAUGUUAGGGUUUUUAUUAGCGAGACAAGCGGGUUUGGACGACCCUCUUCGCCUCCGGAGAGCGGAGUCCACACAGAGGGUUUUGGGACUGGAGUUAAACAAAGACAGAGAUGUUGAAAGGAUCCAUGGCAGUGGAGUUAACACCCUUGACAUUGAACCUAUUGAAGCAAGAUACAUGUUAUCAGGUGGUUCAGAUGGUGUGAUUGUACUUUAUGAUCUUGAGAACUCCAGCAGACAACCUUAUUACACAUGUAAAGCAGUGUGUUCCGUUGGCAGAAACCAUCCUGAUGUUCACAAAUACAGUGUCGAGACUGUACAGUGGUAUCCUCAUGACACCGGCAUGUUCACAUCAAGCUCAUUUGAUAAAACUCUGAAAGUGUGGGAUACAAAUACAUUACAAACGGCAGAUGUAUUUAAUUUUGAAGAAACCGUUUAUAGUCAUCAUAUGUCUCCAGUUGCCACCAAGCACUGUUUGGUAGCAGUUGGUACUAGAGGGCCCAAAGUACAACUUUGUGACUUAAAGUCUGGAUCCUGUUCCCACAUUUUACAGGUUAUAUUUGCAGGUCACAGACAAGAAAUAAUGGCAGUUUCCUGGUCACCACGUUGUGAAUAUGUCUUGGCAACUGCAAGUGCUGACAGUAGAGUAAAAUUAUGGGAUGUGAGAAGAGCAUCAGGAUGUUUAAUUACUCUUGAUCAGCAUAAUGGAAAAAAGUCACAAGCUGUUGAAUCAGCAAACACUGCUCAUAAUGGGAAAGUUAAUGGCUUAUGUUUUACAAGUGAUGGGCUUCAUCUCCUUACUGUUGGUACAGAUAAUCGAAUGAGGCUCUGGAAUAGUUCCAAUGGAGAAAACACACUAGUCAACUAUGGAAAAGUUUGUAAUGACAGCAGAAAAGGAUUGAAAUUCACAGUCUCCUAUGGCUGCAGUACAGAGUUUGUUUUUGUACCAUAUGGUAGCACCAUUGCUCUUUAUACAAUUUACUCAGGAGAACAGAUAACUAUGCUUAAGGGACAUUAUAAAAGUGUUGACUGCUGUGUAUUCCGGUCUAAUUUCCAGGAACUUUAUAGUGGUAGCAGAGACUGCAAUAUACUUGCUUGGGUACCAUCCUUAUCUGAACCAGUUCCUGAUGAUGAUGAGACUACAACCAAAUCACAGUUAAACCCAGCAUUUGAAGACGCAUGGAGCAGCAGUGAUGAGGAAGGAUGAUUCUCAAUCCUGAGUACCUUUGUGUCUCUACUGAUGAAACUUUUAAAAUGGGACUGUUUUUUGUUGUUAUUGUUUUCUUCCUAACUAUGUGAUGACAGCUAAAUUAACCCUGAAUUUGGGUGAUUUUUUUCACCCAUGUUUUAAAAUGAGGGUAGUAUUUGCAUGAAAUCCUGAAGCAGACCUUUAUAUAGUUUAUUUAAUCAAAAAUAUCUCCUUGAUCCCAGUUGCUGUAGCCUGGGGCAUCCCCUAUUGUUACAGUACUCUCUCUAUUGAGACAGAUCCUGGCAACCCCUGGCCCCCGUGUGAGACCCUGAGCACAUUGUGUGAACUGUAAGAUGCAGUCUCAGAGGAUGAGCAAGUAAAUGUUAUCAGCACUGACUUUCUCCUACUGGCUGUACCAUCACCUUGUUCAUGUUCACUUUCAGUGAUGCUUUUACUGAGGACAAUCAUAUCAAAAAUGAUAGUUGAAAAGUUAGCAUCCAAUUUUUAAAUUCUUUUUUAUUCAUGCUUUCAGUUUUUGCAAUGAUUUCAUUUAGCCAACCACUGUCUAGCUUUAAUUAAAUAUUUUUGGACUCAGUCCAAAAAAUGUGUAUCACAGAAGGUUUUAACUUGGGGGAAAUCCCAUGUUUUCUUUAUUUUUAUGUGUCAGAUGGUAGCUUGUACUCGUGCUUGAACCUCCCUUCUGUGAAUCUUGUUAAGAUGUGACCAAGUCCUGUUUCAGUCAUUAAAGCAGAAAAUGCCCUGGCAGGAAAUCUGGCUCAACAUGAAA